UCUCCUCUGUUUCUUCGUAUGCAGACGAGCAGUGAGGCCGCCGCAGCGAACGGGGUGGACGAGGUGGCGGAGCAGGAGGCGCAGCGCAUCCCGGUGCCGCACGCGGACUGCGAGCCCGCGGCGCACCUGUCACCCACUAGCAUGGACCCCGAGGCCGUGCCGGCGACGACGGAGAGGACGGAGAGAAUCAGGAUGAGGAGGAUACCGCUGCGGCGAUCCAUCCCGACGGCGACGAUGGCCAUCGUACGCUUGCUCGCUUGCUGUCCGCCGCUGCCAGUCCUCUCCGGCCUCUUCCGCCGUAUCCUUCCCUCCGGUGUGCUUCUCUGUCGUGAUUUGGAUGGAAAGUUGCAGUCCGUGUCCUUCUCCAACUCCAGGCAAUUGAGUGCCCGACCCGGAUUUGUGUUGCCUGCUAUAAGAAGUAAGGAUCCUUGGCCGGAAUCUCCAUCAAGCUCCAUCAACGAAACAUACAAUGUUGCUGCCCGAGUUCGCCGGUCUAUUCUCAACCUUAUCACUCUCACUAUCAAAAACACAAAAGUGUAAACGUUUGUUACAAAACGUACUUAACAAAAGUGCACACGUUUGUUACAAAAAUAGCAAUCAGAAUCCUAAUUAGUUACGUACAACAGUCCGAGACAAACACGUCUUUCCCUGGCUUUAUACUUAGCAAGAGUCCGAAUUCUAAUUGACUACACACGUCGUGCUGCUACAAAUACAAACACCCAGCUUCCGCUGUCUUGGCUAGCUUUGUACGUCGGCUUUGCGCUACAAGUCGCCUUUCUAAGCAGUCUUAUAAUCUCGCCGUACAGCCCGUGCUCCACCUGAGGAAAAUAUUUGGGCCAUAAUCGCACAUCAUGGAUGCUAAAGAACAAAGAAGAAAGAGAGAUAGAGAACGGUAUGCACGGAUGACCAAUGAAGAAAGGCAGAAGUAUAAUGAACAAAAAAGAAAGAGAGAUAAAGAGCGGAAUGAACGCAUGACCGAUGAAGAAAGGCAGGGCAAACUCAAAAAACGCCGUGAAGCCUAUCAUCAAAAGAAAAUUUCAGGAAAGACACCAGAACAGAAGGCGGCAAAAUGCGCACAAGAAAAACAAAAAUACGCAACCAUGAAGCCAGAACAAAAGAAAGCAAGAAUAGAACAAAUUGAAGCUCAUCGUCAAUUGACACGCAGCAUACCAUCCAAAGAUUCGAUUGCAAUGGAGAACCCUAAAUAUGUCGCAACCGAACAGGAGGUUAGUACUUCUAAAAUUACUGUAAAACACAGGGAUCAUGUGGCAGCAGGAGAAAGGCAAACAUUACUACACCGUCGUAACGAAGAAUUCACGAGAAGACGGAAGCGAACUGUUUCCGUAUCAUCAAAAGAAGAUGCAUCCAUGACACAAGCCUGCGAUGAAAACAAUCAAACUCUAGAGCAGCCACAAGUUAUGACUUACGACGUCCCCUCCUCAAUGUUUCCAAGCAUUAGAGAAGCAGAUUCAUCAACACAAUCUUUAGACAAUGAUGAUCACAGUAAAGUGGGUUUGUGGCCAGACAUCCCAUCCUCAAUGCUUCCAACAAUCAAAGAAGUGGAUGCACGAAUACAAUCAUUAUGCAAUGAUGAUCACAGUAAUGAUGGAAUCAUAUAUCAGCAAGAAGCAACCAUUGACAAAAUAGAUGCGUCAGCAAAAAGAAUCUACAACAAGGAUCACGGUAAUGAUGGAGUCGUAUUUGAAGAAGACAUAGACGAAGAUGAAUACAUGUUCAUCGGUGAAGAGUGAGACAGAGAAGUGGAGAUUGAAAUCAUAGAAGACAAGGAAGCUCUCAGCCCUGAUCCGUAUGAUUUCGUCUACAACAACAUACCAGCAAGCACAAACGUGCUCAAAAAAGAACCAAAUUGCCAUUUCUGCCAUGCAACCAAAUUCAAGUAUGAAACUGAGGGAUUAUGCUGCAAAAAAGGACAGGUAAGACUAGCCGAUCCAGAUAAGCCACUUGAACUCAUGAGGCUUUGGACAAGCAAUGACCCUGAUGCUAGACAUUUUCGGCAAAAUAUAAGAUUUUUCAAUGGGCACUUCUCAUUUACUACCCUAUACUGCCACCUUGACAGAGACACGACUGACAUCGAACGGAUGGUAUUUACACCUUUCGAGCACAUGGUCAAAUAUAUCACAACAUACACUCAUUUGGUAAUAGUCACUCAGAUCCAAAACAUCUGGAGUUGUACUUCUAUGAUGAUGAUCCAAGCUUAGAGCAUCGAUACCGUAGUUGCCGUGAGGAAAUGUACGAGCAAGACAAGCAUGUGAUGGGAAUAAUAAUAGACAUCCUGCGCAGUAACCCGUACUCUCAGCAGUUUAGGAGUUUGGGACAAGCCCAAAACCUUGAGGACUACAGACUCAUUUUAAACCUUGACCAGAGAUUGGACCAAAGAACAUACAACGAGCCAAUUAAUUCGGAGGUAGCUGCAGUGUGGAUUGAAGGAAAUGAAAGAAGAGAUACUUAUGACAGAAACGUAAUAUUACAUGGGAACAACAACGAAAAAGAGCACAUUCGAUCAUACUACGGGUGCUAUGAUCCGUUGUCGUAUCCUCUAUUCUUUCCAAGAGCUGAACUCGGUUGGCAUAGGAAAAUCCCAAAGAAGGAAACACCAGAUGCAGAUAUUGCUACCAAUAAUAUCAGUAAUAAC